CACAGAUGGCGAUCACAGCACGCGUUGAAAGCAUUCAAUGUUUUUAUUGACAACUGCUUUGAAACACAUUUUACUGUUUGUUUCGGUCUUAAUACUAAUCACACAAACAGUGAUUGUGUGGACACACAGCACAUCCAGACACUUGUCUAGUGAUCACGAGUGCCAUCAGUGCCCACACUUGCGAGGAGGAAGUGGUGAAGUGGUUGGGCAACAAUGGCAGACCCGCUGUCACUGUUGAGACAAUACAACGUCAAUAAGAAGGAGAUCGUGGAGAAGAAUAAUCUGAUCUGUUUUGGAGAGUACUGUUGGCCGAAGACCGUCAAAACCAAUUAUCUCAUCUACAGUUCAUCGCGCGAUGGGCCCAACAAAGGCUACUACACUCUGGAGUGUCUCUUAUUCUUCCUGAAGAACCUACAGCUCCAACAUCCGGCUUAUGUCAAACAGGCGGCCAGUGAAGAGAUACCCGUGGUCCAGAGGCCGGACCGAAAGGAUCUGUUGUCAUACCUGUGCGGAGAGACGGCCAGCACUGCGUCCAUCGACAAGAGUGCGCCCAUCGAGCUGCCCAUCUCUGCCUCGCAACUGAAGAAUGAGUUGAGCGCUCAGGGGUUGGGGUCGUCGACCAUCUUAGGCCUCGGGGUGUCCGGCAAUGACUCGGAGGCCACACCUAAUAAGUUGGCGCGAAUGGAUGAGAUGGAGAAAGUGAGGAAACAGUUCGCCGCCCGACUCGAUGCGCCCAAAAUCAAGAAACCGUUGCCACCAUUGGCCGCAUCCCUCUCGGCCAGCGACUCAGCGAACACCACUUCCCUGAGGGAUGCCAUGAGUAACGAUCAGAUCGCCGCUCUUAAGGCAAAACGAUUGGCCAAAAAGAGGAGUACUAUCAUUGACGCCGACACUGACCUGGAGGGCACUCAGGCGCUCAGCGGUACGAUGAGUGCACCCAAUGUCCACUCAGUUCUCCUGCAAUACGACUCGAACUUCACGCGAGAGAUACAAAACAAAGAGAGGAUUUGGAGGAAUAGGACUAAUAUAUUGCAGUCGACCGGAAAGAACUUCCAAAAGUCUAUAUUUCCGACUUUGCAUUCACUGAAGUCCAGAGAAGAGGGGCACCGGAAGCCUAACCCGCAGCCAAACGCCGCCAAUAAUGUACUGAAUCCGACGGCCCAACGAGUGGCGGCCACACCGUCGACGGCAUCACAACAGCAACAGUUGGCGUCACAGCAACAGUACAAUCGAUACGAUCAGGAGAGGUUCACGAAGAACGACACCAUCGGCUUCCGGAUCGACACGACGGGCACCUAUCACGGCCUCACCCUUAAGAGUGUGACCGACGGCUCGGCGCAGCCCAAGACGGCCACACCGGCCACCGGCGCUCAGAACUACUCGCAAACCCAUUCGUCGCACAGCACCAGUAGCUCUAAGCCGCAGAAGCGGACGUCGAAAACGCCGAUCAUUAUAAUCCCGUCGACCACCACAUCACUCAUCUCUAUGUACAACGCGAAGGCCAUCCUUCAAGACCUCAAAUACGUGGACCACAAGAGCGGCGAACAGCGGCGCGAGAAUGAGAUUCUCAUACAGCGUCGCAAAGCCGACAACACAACCGUCCCCUACCGGGUCAUCGAUAACCCGCUCAAACUGGAUGCCGAAGACUGGAACCGAGUGGUGGCUGUGUUUGUCCAGGGGCCCGCCUGGCAGUUCAAGGGCUGGCCCUGGGAUGGUAACCCCGUUGAGAUAUUCGCAAGAAUCAAGGCAUUUCACCUGAAGUUCGAUGAACUGAAACUGGACACAAAUGUGGGCAAAUGGUCGGUCGAAGUGAUCGAGUUGUCCCGCAAUAAGAGGCACUUGGAUCGGGCCAACCUCUUGAAGUUCUGGUCAAUGCUGGACAACCAUAUCGUGUUCGUCCAUAUGAUGGCCACUCCGACCCUAUCGUUGGCCACAAUGGGCUCUUCGCGCAAGAAGACGCCUAAAAGUGGUAAUAAAAGUGACGACAAGAGUAACGGUUCCAGCGGUAAGACCGCGAGUGCUUUGAAUAGCGAUAAAAAGUUGAGGAAAUUUUGGGGCGAAGAGCACAACGAAGACUCCAUUUAUUCAAUAUAUUUGAAGAAAAUUACUUAUUCCGUGGUUUGCGAGGAUAUCUACGGAUUAAAAUUGAGUGAUAAGACUGACGAGGAAUGUGUGACACGUUGUGACCAAACGGACUCUUCGGCCAACAAGAAGACACCCAAACGGACGACCACUUGGUUUGACGACCAACAGUGUCUUCAGUGGGAGACCCGUCAGACGCGGAUCAUAAGAGCGGCCACUUUAGAGCAUAUCGUGAAAUACAUUCUGUUUCUGACGCCAAACCAGGGCUCAGACCGCGAGAUGUCGAACCAGAAUCUGUUGGAGGAGGAGAGGAAUAACGUGGCGCACGCCAUGCAUGUCAUGUUCUGCACGUACAGACAGUUCCAUCCGCCACAACACCUGUUGGCCAUUAUCUUAAAACAUAUGCACCACUGCUGCCAAAAGCAACUCAAUUUCAUUCUUCACUAUUGGUUAGACAACUAUUCCGAAGACUUUAAGACUGAGUUCAUCAGUGAUUCCAGUGCUUUGAGUAAAGAUAAUGCGGUGAUAGAGGACUGUGAGCCAGCGGCCGACGCCUCGUUGAUUAGUAAUAGUUACGAUUCCCACAGUAGUUCCACAUAUGAGUCCAACUGUUCCACCCAUUCAUCAGACAGUGGCCACAAACCGAUGACAAUUGUGGACAAACUGUUAAGUAUACCGAACAUCGAUGAGAAGAUUUACCGAAAGUGUCUCAAUAUAGUGGACAUGAAGUCGGAGUCGACGCCGGAUAUCAUAUCCACGAAUCAGGCUAUAAUCGCGGGCCUCACGAAUGAAGCCAUAUAUCGAUUAAAGCAAUCGGUUUGGACUAAAAUAAGUCGCGCCUCGAUGUCCACAUUCAAGUGGUUGUCCACUAUUGUGGAUGACGUUAACAAUCAGACACUUCUCAGACACACGCAACUCAUAAUUGAAGGCACGUCUAAAGUCAGCUUAGAGGACGAGUCGUUCGGAACGAUACCAUAUUUGGGAACAUUUUUGACAGACAUUACAAUGAUUAAUACACGGUAUCCCAGCUAUAUCCAGUCGCAAACGGAUGUAAAACUAAUAAACUUCGAGAAGUGUGGCCAACAAUACGAGAUCCUAAUGCAGAUCCAAUUGCUCCAGAAGAAUGUGUUCGCCGCCCUGACCGCCAUUCAACAGCAAACACAACAAUUGGGUAGAAGUUAUUUACCCCUUAAGAACACCCCCUUCACGCCAACCGUUCCACGUGUGGCACGAAUUUUCAGGAUUUGGUUUCAAUCCAAUGACAUUGAAUUAAUCACUGAUAAGCACUGUUACGAGUUGUCUCUGGAACUGGAGGGCUCGCCCACUAAACCUAAAUAACACUGCACUUACUGUGUAUAUAGGAGCUGUAGAUGUC